UUCUAUGCAGUUUCCUCUGGAUACUCUGUCAUCGCCGCAUGCCCUUUGGAAGCCGAUUCCACCAUCGUGACUUGCCCUUUCACACUCGCAAUCACACCAGAACAGUCCAAGCGUGCUCUCCAGAACUUUCUCCCCGAUAUCCCAGAUGUAUGGAAUGAACGCCAGCUCAUGUGCACCUACAUGAGCUUUCACAGAAUUCUGGAUCAUCCCGCUCUCAAACACCGACCUUAUCUCCAUGUCCUUCCGCACCCUAGCAAACUCCGCACGCCUUUGCAUUUUACGGAACAAGAACUCGAGGCUCUCAAAGGAUCUAAUCUCUAUGGUGCCACACUUGAUCGAGUACGCGAAUGGCAAACAGAGUGGAAUCAAUGCCGCGAUGCUAUCCGUCUUGUUAACGAAGGCUGGGCCCUAGAUUUCUCCUGGUGCGUUACUCUUGUCUUCGGGUUUCGACGCCUGUACACUGAUCAUUCUCACAGGGAGCAUUGGAAGACAGUAGCGACUUACAUUUCAUCGCGCGCGUUUCCGUCAACUUUGUUGUCACCUCAUCCUUCGCUUGUCGCCACAAAAUCUUCUCACCCAAUCCUUCUGCCCGGCGUUGACUCACUCAAUCACGCAAGGGCACACCCUGUCUCAUGGGUCGUCCAUGUUCCAUCGGAACCUGACUCUGUGCCCGAAGCAUCCACCAUUUCACUUGUACACCAUCAACCCAUCAGCGCUCACUCGGUCGAAAUUUUCAAUAACUAUGGUCCAAAGGGGAAUCCCGAGCUUCUCUUGGGGUACGGCUUUGUUAUGCCUGACAACCCCGACGACACAAUCGUGCUUCGCGUUGGUGGUGGAGGGUCGGGUGGCACCGAAGGUAAGCGAUGGGAAGUGGGACGAGAGGCAGAGGGGAUAGAGGGUCUGUGGCAGGAAGUCUUAGAUAUUGUCUCUCCACCUUCACCGGCUGAAGAUGCCUCCGACUCAGAUGAUGAUGGGGAAACCCAUCCACCGCAAUGGUCUCUUCACCUAGAUGCGGCGGCAGCAUUGCAGUCUAUGGUCGAGCCGAGCCUUGACCGCCUGCCGGCAACAUUUAUGGAGGAUGUCGUACUGAGACCGGAUGUCAGGGAGAUGAUACAGAUUUAUGUGAAAGGGCAGAGGGAGAUUUUGGAGGGGAUCGCACGGUUCGCUCAAGAGAAAGAAGAGGCAGCUUUGAACAGUGCAGCAGAACAGGGUGUAGAGGUUGUCAUGGAAGAUUAA